GAAGAUGGUGAAGAGGAGUCUGAAGGCCCAGAUUCUGAAAGUGAUGAGGUUUUAGAUUUAUCCAAGAUCACGAAGACGAGGCUUAUUCCUUCAGAUGCUGGCCAAUAUAUUCUCCGUGUGUGCCAAGCUGAAUCCUGAUCCUAUUGAAGAAGAUGAAGAGGGACAAGGUUGGGUUUCAGUGCUGAUCAGAUGUGACCGAUCAAGAUUUCCAGAAAAUGACGAUUCUGAAUGGGAUUUCUCCCACAAUCCAGUGAGCUCUAUUGGUCAGUGAAAUGUCAAUCAUGACCGUCCUCAUUCAGUGCUUCAGGUGGGCUGCUAACAUGUUUGUGGUUCUCAAAUAUGAUUGUGCUCCUUUGGGUUAUGAUUAAGUUUCCUCAACAUCAUCUACUUUGUGCUUCAACAGUAAAUGUUAAACCUCUAA